AUGGAGUGCGCGAGGACGGCGUGGUGCGCGACGCUGGCGCUAGCGGUGCUGGCGGCCGCCGGCCCGCGCUACAGCUCGCGCAUCGUGCACACGAACACAGGAGCAAUCAGAGGCAUCAUAGUGGAGCCGGCGUCAAGGCGACUGGAACCAGUGGAAGUGUUUCGAGGAGUGCCUUACGCAGCGCGAGCGGAGAGGCUCGGUCCACCACUUCCUCCACAGAACUGGUCGGGCACGCGAUUGGCAGAUGCUUUCGCGCCAGUCUGCCCGCAACGUUACCCAGAUAUAUCGAACAAGACUGCAGCUUUGAUGAAGAUGCCACUCGGUUUGUACAACGAACUGAAAGCCACAGUCCCGCUUCUGGCCAACCAAAGCGAAGACUGUCUGUACCUCAACAUCUUUGUGCCCGGUAGCGGCGCGCGCGGCGUGGAGGCGCCGUACGCGGUGGUGGUGUGGGCGGGCGCGGCGGCGCGCGGCUGGGGCUCGGGCAACGCGCUGGACGGCGCCGUGCUGGCUGCGCGCGCGCACCUGCUCGUCGUCACGCUCAACUAUAGGCUAGGAUUGUUAGGUUACUUAACGAGCGGGGGUGGGGACGAGGCCUCUUUGGCUGGCGGUGCAGCUGUGCUUGACGUGGCGGCCGCGCUGCGCUGGGUGCAGCGCAACGUGGCAGCGUUCGGCGGCGACCCGCGCCGCGUCACGCUGGCGGGGCACGCGCACGCCGCCGCGCUCGCCAACACGCUGCUCAUGCUGCCCGCCGCCAAGGGUCUGAUGUCUCGCGUUUUGCUACUAAGCGGGUCAGCGUUGAGCUCAGAUUCGUUAGCUCCAGACCCAACUUUAACCAGGGAACACGUGGCGCAAGCAUUACGAUGUACUCGAGACACCGGCUCUGUAGAGGAACACUGGUUAGUAUCCUGCAUACGUGCUCGCCCCCUUGCAGCCCUAUUAGCAGUGGAAGCUCCCCGUGCGAGGUUUCUUGCCGGGUGGGCGCCAUCAGUGCCUGCAUCAGAAGACCCUUCACAACCACAAACUCCAACCAGAGCACUGCACGCCAGUGAGGCGUUCCUCGAGUGUGCUCUAGCAGUUGUAGUUUCAACGACAGAAAGCUAUCAGUUUUUUAGUGAGGACGAUAUACGGCAUGGCUUCGAAGAAGAACAUAGGAAUCGAAUCCUUCGUACGUAUGUGCGAAAUGUAUAUAGAUAUCAUCGCAAUGAAAUAUUCGCGGCGAUUCGCAACGAAUAUACUGACUGGGAGAAACCAAUUCAACAUCCAAUAAAUAUUCGUGAUUCCACUUUAGAAUCUCUUAGUGAUGCUGCGGUAGCUGCACCGGCUUUACGUGUGGCACAACUACAUGCUAAACGAGGAGCUAAGACUUUCUUUGCUCACUUUGCACAUCAAAGCAGGGACGCAGACUACCCUCAGCGUUUAGGAAGUGUUUCGAGUGAGACUUUGCCCUACUUUUUGGGCUUACCUCUUGUUGGUGGCAUGCCUUUCGCACCACGAAAUUACUCACGGAAUGACGUAGCUGUUGCCGAAGCUACGGUAGCGUUGCUUGCAGCGUUCGCAAAAACUGGAGAACCCACUCCUAUACAAGACGAACAUCAUCGGGAUAAUUUUGUCGCGUGGCCACGAUACGAAAUGAAUACACAACAAUAUUUAAGUAUAGGAACUAAAUUAAGAGUGAAGAGUCAUUAUCGGGGUCACAAAAUGGCCUUAUGGCUGCACCUAAUACCUCAACUCCAUCGACCAGGAGCUGCGCCAAGGCAUCACCAGUUUCGCUCCGCUCACCCAGAUAUGUUUGCUGGUGAAAUAUUCCCGGAGAUGUACAGCACUGCGGGCGCGUUGGACGAGGAGGAGGAGAGCGCGGAGGCGGAGGAGGUGUCGGCGGCGGAGUGCGAGCCGUCGCCGUCCGCGCGCCCCGCGCUCGCCGCGCCGCCCGCGUCGCCCGCGCCGCCCAGCGACGCGCCCUUCAACGUCGACUCGCAAUACUACAGCUAUACAGUAGCGCUGGGUGUCACCGUGGGAGCUGGUUGCUUCCUUCUCGCUUUGAAUGUCUUAGUCUUCGCCGGAAUUUACUUGCAGAGGGGACGGCGUAGAGCUUCACAUCGUCGCCCUAGAAGAGAAGGUAGCUGCAGCAGUCGAAAUGGGACGGGGUCAUUAAACAGUGAUCCUCUUCCUCUAACUUCACCACGCAAGAGCACUCUCAAGCGCAGCAGCGAGUCGGAAUUAAAAGAGAGGCCGGGCAACGCCGCGGCGCCUCCCAAAAAACGCGUCCAAAUCCAAGAGAUCUCAGUGUAG